AUGCCAUCAAGAGCGUCGACAGCACGCUCCACCCGGCCUUCUUCUGCGGGUGGCCGCAAACGCUCGAAUUCGGCAUUGGGCGGGAGAGUCCCCUCCGUCUCCCGUGCCUCACCUGCCCCCGCCGCCGAGUUUGUCGACACCCCGGAUAAUGAUUUGAGACUGAAGGUUGGCCCAAUCUUCCGGGACGCGCAACGCAACACUGCAACACACCGAAAGCUGGCCGUCACCCUCCGAAAGAUUCAUGAAGCUUGCUGCUACGAGACGCCGGACCAAAAGACGACUGACAAUGACUUUGACGAAAAGGCCUUCAACACCGAGUUCAUCCGCUGUGUCUUGAAAGUCAUGCCAGUAAAGAAGACUGAGAGUGUGGGCGAAAAGUCUAUCCGCUUUAUUGGCUUCUACCUGCGACACUCGAAUGAUAAAGAUAACGAGCUUCUGGGCGACAUGGCCGACGACGCCAGCCAUAUGCCGGAAACACCAAGCACACGAUUGAUAUCCGACUUGAUGGAAGCCGUCGUCCCUCUCAUGAUUGCAAAGGACAAGUUUGUCCGCUACCGGUCGACACAGCUGCUCUCGCAGAUUAUCAACUCUCUCGAUGCGCUUGAUGACAACCUGUUCCAGUCCCUCCGCCACGCGCUUUUGAAGAGAAUUCGCGACAAAGAGGCCAUGGUCCGCGUUCAGGCAGUCCUCGGGCUUGGCCGCCUCGUCGGUAACCAGUCCGACGGCCUCACCAACUCGGAAGACAGCGAUGCCGACCAGGAGUCUGGCUUGCUGGAGAAGCUUCUUCAGGUGCUGCAAAAUGACCCCAGUGCCGACGUUCGCCGUUCACUGCUGGUCAACCUUCCGAUUCUCCCGAAUACUCUCCCAUACCUGCUUGAGCGUGCCAGGGAUCAAGAUGCGGCGACGCGUAGGGCAGUCUACUCGCGCUUGCUUCCUGCCCUCGGUGAUUUUCGCCACCUGUCUCUCUCUAUGCGAGAAAAGCUUCUGCGUUGGGGUCUCCGGGAUAGAGACGAGAAUGUGCGCAAAGCUGCUGGAAGGCUUUUCAGAGAUCGAUGGAUUGAGGACUGCGCAGGAACUGCCCAGCAAGAGAACCCCACCCCUAGCUUCGAUGGCCUGCUCGAGCUCCUUGAGCGAGUCGAUGUUAUCAACUCGGGCGUUGAAAAUGGCGUCGCACUUGAGGCAAUGUCUGGUUUCUGGGAAGGCCGGCCCGACUACCGUGAAGCCAUCAGCUUUGACGACGCAUUCUGGGAGACCCUCACUGCCGAAUCUGCCUUUCUCGCUCGCAGCUUCAAUGACUUUUGCCGAAAAGAGGGCAACGGAAAGUACGAAUCGCUGGUCGAAGAGAAACUUCCCGAAGUCACCAAGGUCGCCUACUUCCUUGAGCGUUAUCUGAAUGCCCUGAUAGAAACACUGCGCAGAGCAGAAGACGCUGGUGAGGAGGAAGAUGAAGCCGCGACCGUGGAGCAAGAGUUUAUUGCUGAACAACUACUUCACAUUGCGCUGUCUCUUGACUACUCUGAUGAAGUAGGUCGACGUAAGAUGUUCACCUUGCUCCGCCAAGCCUUGUCGAUUCCCGAGCUUCCCGACGAGGUGACCAAGCUCACCAUCGAGACUCUGCACUACAUUUGCUCCCCCGAUGCCGCCGGCGAGCGUGAGUUUUGCAGCAUCGUCCUCGAAUCGGUUGCCGACGUUCACGACACAAUCUUGGACGAUCUUCCCGCCGACGAUGUCGACGACAGUUUCCACUCUGCGCGGUCUGAAGUCAGCGGCAUGAGCAUGUCAUCUGGUGGCAAGCGUGGCAAGGAGCUGAGCGAGGAAGAUGCCCGUGCCAAGGCAGUUAAGGAGAUUGUCAUCAACAUGAAGUGUUUGCACAUUGUUCAAUGCAUGCUUAGCCACAUUUCGGGCAAUCUCAAGGACAAUGCCGACCUGGUCUCCAUGCUUAACAACUUGGUUGUUCCGGCGGUGCGCAGCCACGAAGCACCUGUCCGCGAACGUGGCCUGGUCUGCCUGGGUCUCUGUGCGCUCCAGGACCGCUCCCUAGCAGAGGAGAACCUGAGCCUGUUUAUUCACUUCUUUAGCAAAGGACACUCGGCGCUUCAAGUCACUUCACUGCACAUUCUGACCGACACUCUCAAUGUCCACGGAGCGCACCUGUUUGCUUCCACGCCGGCACUCCUCAAGGUGUACGUCAAGGCUGUGAAGAGCGGCUCCAGAGCACCAGAAGUGCAAGCCGCCGCCGUCAUGGCAGUCUCCAAGCUUCUGCUUGGCCGCGUGGUGAGCGACGAAGAGGCAUGCCAGGAGCUCCUCAAAUCGCUCGUCGUUGCUUAUUUUGACCCAACUUCGGCUGGAAACCAGACGGUGCGCCAGGCUCUUAACUACUUUUUACCCGUCUUUUGCUACUCCAGAGCCACCAACCAAGAGCUGAUGCGCAGCAUUGCUCUCCCCGCUCUCCACACCCUACUCAACGUCCGCGAAGGCCUAGAGGACGAUGAUGAAGCCGACAUUGAGGAGGACAUGGUCAGCAUGCCGGCCAUCGGCGCCUGUCUUGUCGACUGGACAGACCCUCGCAAGGUCUACAGCCCCACCAGCCUACUCGAGUCGGAAAAGAAGGGCAUCAACGGCGAUGUCCAUCUUGAGUUGGCCCUCGACAUUAUGGACAGGCUACACAGCAAUGUCACCAAGGAAGAGAAGAAGCUCGUUGCCGGACUGCUGAGCAAGCUGUACAUUUCGUCCGGCUCCUCUUCCGACAAGCUUCGAGAGACAUACGAGGAGGUCUGCAUCGCCGUGGAAGAGGGCGUCGUGACGGACGCGCCAAGCAAGAAUGCUCUCUACAAGGUUCACGUGAGCUUGGGCAAGAUUGUCAAUGCACUGGACGAGCAGCAACCGCAGCGCAGCAGCCGCAGCAUCUCGGCCGUGCCAGAGCAGCAAUUUUCUGAAAAGGCCGUCUCGGAAGAGCCCGUCAUCAAGGAAGAGGACGAGGACAGCGACAGCACGGUCAUUGCCAAGCACAACACAAGUACGCCAUCCCAUGCCACGACUUCUGACGAGGAAAUGGACGAGUAA